AUGGAAGAUCAUGGAACCAAUGGAGCAAGACACGGAACCAACUCGCAGAUGGCUGCCGUUUCUUUGGUCCAUCAACGCGCCAAGGAUACCGAUUAUGGCACCACAGAUAGAAAACUCCACUCCUUCGGUGAGUUUCAUGUUGGCAGCAGAGGUAGUAGCUACCUUCCUGGAAAGUUGCUGCAACAGCGCUUGCCACGCACUUUCAAUGAAAGUAUGGAGAAUAUAGCUCAAGAGCGUCGAGAGGAAUAUGGCAUGCCAAGAGGUGUGACUGGAUUGGGCCGUGGCUUUCGAGACCGCUGGACCCGAGCCGAACGAGUCAAUGCUGACUGGCUUUUGAGUCAUCGAGCACGCACCUUCAAUGGCAGUUUGCAAGGCGAUCGCUGUGGAAGUUCGCCGAUACAGACACCUGCAGGGACCUUCAUUGCAACUCCAACUUGGAGUGAAUCGGGUGAUGUGUUUGUACCGCGUCGAGAUGAUCCUUGCAGCCCCCUCUAUGUCCAGGCAACACCUCAACGUUGGGCAAGCGAGCACUGCCAGGAAAUGUCGCAGCCAUCCGCUCCGCUUCAAAGUGCACACAUGUACCAUCCAGGCUUUGGGCUCCUUGGGCCGGACCAAGCUGCUUUUCUUGGCACGUUCGGCGGCAACAAAUUCGAGAUACACAAAACCGCAUAG